AUUUGUUGUGAAGAGAGGGCAAAAGCUCUUGCCAAAGCAAUAUCUGGUGAAGCACUGCCAUAUGAUCGCUUGAAUGAUUUCUGCCCAGAGAAAGGGAUGAUCCUAGCAAAUGCUUCUGCCAUAGGAAUGCAGCCUAGGACAGAUGAAACCCUUGUUUGCAAGGAGGCCUUGAAAUCAUAUGAUCUAGUAUUUGAUGCGGUUUACACACCCAGAAACACUCGUCUUCUGCAAGAGGCUGCAGAGGUUGGAGCUGCCACCCUCUGCCACUUCCUCGAACCCUAAUCCCAGAUCAUCCAUUCUACAAUGGUUCUCGUCUCUCAUGGUUCACCAACGCCAGGCUUAUCUCACUACCGUCGACUCCAAUUUCACGCAA